AGAUGAAAAAUAUAAGAAAAAAAGUGGAAGAAUUAGAAAACUAUACUGACACUUCAAUUCCAAUAAAUAUUAUAUAUUUACUCCUUCUCUUUACAAAAUGUUGCUACAGAACGAAAUCUAUUAGCACUAUCUUUAUCUUUAACAGUGAAAGAAUAAAAGUGGUUUUUUUAAUAACGAGUUGCUUGAAAUACCGAACAUUUAAGUAAAUAUUGCGUUGAAUUAAUUUCGUCGAUUUAAUUUCGAUUUGUGAUGACUUUCACACCUUAGUUGUCACAUGCCUCUCGUUAAAAAAAAAAAUCAAAAUUCUUGUUUCGCAGAUGCCAAACUUCAAUUAAAAUUUCUCGUAUUUAAUAAAUAAAUCAUGUAUGCAAUGACUUAUUCAUUAAACCAAUAUUUAUUUGAAGUAAUAUGAAGAAAUUGUCAAGGUAAUUACUGGUAGUAAAAUAGAGUAGUUUACAUCUGCUCUCUCUCUCACUAUGCUUAUUAUGAAAAAAACUUUAUAUUAAUUAUUUACCAUAUUUCUUCUACAAAAAUUGAUUACAAUAAAUUCGAAUAAAUUAGAUCUGCUUUUUAAGAGAAACUAAUUUUAAAACUAAAAUCGAGUAUUAGUUUUGGAAAAUAAAUUCUGCAAUUUGUUCUAUCUUGCAGCCGAAAGCCUUAUUUUCGCCGGAAAUGGCAACGCUACCAAUAAAGUGUAUGUCGAAAGAGCAACUGCCCGACAUGAGAUUAACUGCAGAUGAAAAGAACGGUGAAAAGUCGGAUAAGAAAUUGACGGUGCUCGAAUCGCACGGUUACAUACUUGGAAAGACUAUAGGUUCUGGAUCAUAUGCCACCGUCAAAAUUGCGAAAUCUGAUCGACACGAUUCCCAAGUGGCAGUUAAGAUAGUCUCAAAGUUCCAGGCGCCCAAAGAAUAUCUCACAAAAUUCCUACCCCGUGAGAUUGAGGUAGUCAAAGGAUUAAAACAUCCAAAUCUCAUUCAUUUUUUGCAGGCGAUAGAAACUACACAUCGAGUGUACAUCAUUAUGGAAUAUGCAAAGAAUGGCAGCUUGCUUGACGUUAUACGACGCAAUACUUACAUCGACGAAUUACGUAGCCGCAGGUGGUUCCGACAGCUUCUGGAAGCUAUCGAUUAUUGCCACAAGCACGGCAUAGUGCACAGAGACGUAAAAUGCGAAAAUUUGCUCAUGGAUUAUCAUUUCAACAUUAAAUUGUCCGACUUUGGAUUUGCGCGUGGACAGAUGAAUUCAAAGAAUGGUGAAUGGUCCCUCAGUACAACUUACUGUGGUAGUUACGCUUACGCGUCACCCGAAAUCCUACGAGGCAUCCCUUAUCAUCCUCAACUAUCCGAUAUAUGGUCCAUGGGUGUUGUGCUUUAUGCCAUGGUUUGCGGUCGGCUGCCAUUUGAUGAUACAAAUUACGCACAACUGCUAAAGGUACCCAGCAAGUACAAAGCAAAGUGGUAUUCCCUAAGCAUCCUAAAAUAUCUCAGUCGUGUCGUUCUCUCAUUACCCGCAUAUUAGUACCUCAAUCUGCACGACUGCGCAUCAUAAAUAUAAAAAGCGAUGCUUGGCUCGAGACAUCUGUUGUCGCUCAAACAUCAAUCAGUGACAGAUCAAUAAAUUUUACAAUAGUAAAAAUUAAUUGAUGCAGACAAGUUUAUAUGUGUACAUCUGAUGAAAAAUUAAGCAGUUUAUCAUAUCUUUUAUAUUAUUACAGGAAGUAUUACCUACAGUAUCUGUAAAUCAAGAAUCCAAAGUGUUUGAUAAACAUAUAGAAUCAAUUGCUCCAGAAACUUGUCAAGAAAAUGAAAACUCAAAAGACGCUGUCCAAGAUAACAUAGGAAUCAAGAAGAAAGAUUU